AUGGCAGAGCCCGGCAAUUGCAAAAGGCCUAAGCCCUUUCACCCGGAGGUUCAAAUCCUCCUCUUAAUUAUGAUAACCCUUCUAAUAACACACAUUAUUAAUCCCCUAGCAUACAUCGUACCAGUACUAUUAGCACUAGCCUUCCUGACACUCCUAGAACGCAAAGUACUAGGAUACAUACAACUACGCAAAGGCCCCAAUGUAGUAGGCCCAUAUGGCCUACUACAACCAAUCGCAGAUGGUGUAAAACUAUUUAUUAAAGAACCCAUCCGCCCAUCAACCUCUUCACCUUUCCUCUUCCUAACAACCCCGGUACUAGCCCUCACCCUCGCCCUAAUACUAUGAACCCCCAUACCAAUCCCAAACCCAGUAGCAGAUAUAAACCUAGGUAUACUAUUCAUUCUAGCCCUAUCCAGCCUAGCAGUAUACUCCAUCCUAGGAUCAGGAUGAGCAUCCAAUUCAAAAUACGCCCUAAUCGGAGCACUACGAGCAGUUGCCCAGACCAUUUCUUAUGAAGUAAGCCUGGGACUAAUUCUAUUAUCCACCAUUAUCUUUACCGGAGGUUUCACUUUACAAAUAUUUAACACAACCCAAGAAGCCAUCUGACUAAUAUUACCUGCUUGACCACUAGCUGCCAUAUGAUACAUCUCCACCUUAGCAGAGACAAACCGAGCACCUUUCGACCUCACAGAAGGAGAAUCAGAACUAGUAUCAGGCUUCAACGUAGAAUAUGCAGGAGGCCCAUUCGCAUUAUUCUUCCUAGCCGAAUACGCCAACAUCCUACUAAUAAAUACACUAUCCACAAUUCUAUUUCUAGGUGCCACUUAUACCCCUAUCACCCCAGAAUUAGCUUCCAUUAACAUUAUAACAAAAGCAGCACUACUUUCAGUCCUAUUCCUAUGAAUUCGAGCAUCCUACCCACGAUUCCGAUAUGACCAACUCAUACAUCUCGUAUGAAAAAACUUCCUACCAAUAACACUAGCACUUAUCCUAUGACAUGCCGCCUUACCAAUUGCAUUUACAGGAUUACCCCCACAACUGUAACCCCAGGAGCUGUGCCUGAACGCCCAAGGGCCACUUUGAUAGAGUGACUUACGAAGGUUAAAAUCCUUCCAGCUCCUUAGAAAGAGGGGACUCGAACCCAUAUCAUGGAGAUCAAAACUCCAAGUGUUUCCAUUACACCACUUCCUAGUAAGAUAAGCUAAUUAAAGCUUUUGGGCCCAUACCCCAAAAAUGUAGGUUAAAAUCCUUCUCUUACCAAUGAGCCCCUACGUCAUUAUAAUCCUAUUAUCAAGCUUGGGACUAGGCACAACCCUAACCUUUAUAAGCUCCCAUUGAUUACUAGCCUGAAUAGGACUAGAAAUUAAUACAUUAGCGAUCCUCCCCCUAAUAGCCCAACACCACCACCCACGAGCCGUAGAAGCAACAACCAAAUACUUUUUAGCACAAGCAGCAGCAGCAGCCACAAUCCUAUUCGCCAGCACUAUAAACGCUUGAAACACAGGAGAAUGAAACAUCUCAUGUCUAACAGACCAAACCGCCGUCACACUAACCACUAUAGCAUUAGCACUAAAAGUAGGACUAGCCCCAAUACACUUCUGAAUACCACCCGUAAUACAAGGACUAGACCUCACAACAGGCCUAAUUAUAGCCACCUGACAAAAACUAGCACCAUUCUCCCUAAUUAUUCAAAUAGCCCCACUAACACACCCACAACUACUAACCGCCCUAGGCUUAGCAUCCGUAUUUAUUGGGGGCUGAGCAGGACUCAAUCAAACCCAACUACGAAAAAUUAUAGCCUACUCAUCCAUCGCACACCUAGGAUGGAUAAUUACCAUUACACAAUUCAAACCAGAAUUAACAAUUCUCACACUAAUCAUAUACAUUAUCAUAACCUCAGCAACCUUCCUAACAUUCAAACUAAUAGGAGCAACAAAAAUCAACACACUAGCAAUAAACUGACCAAAAACCCCAAUCAUCACAGCAACCACUGCCCUAACACUACUAUCCCUCGGAGGACUACCCCCAUUAACAGGAUUUAUACCAAAAUGACUAAUCCUACAAGAACUCACAACACAAAAUUUACCACUCACCGCAACAAUUAUAGCCCUCAGCGCCCUACUAAGCCUAUAUUUCUACCUACGAUUAUGCUACGCAAUAACCCUAACAAUUUCACCAAAUACAAACAACUCAUCAACCCCCUGACGCCUACAAAAUAACCAAAACACCAUCCUAUUAGCAAUAUUCAUAACCACCACACUCCUACUACUACCACUCACACCACUAGUUCAAGCACUAGUCAACUAGAGAUUUAGGAUAACACCAGACCAAAAGCCUUCAAAGCUUUAAGUAGGAGUGAAAAUCUCCUAAUCUCUGUCCUAAGACUUGCAGGACUCUAUCCCACAUCUUCUGAAUGCAACCCAGACACUUUAAUUAAGCUAAAGCCUUACUAGAUGAGAAGGCCUCGAUCCUACAAACUCCUAGUUAACAGCUAGGCGCCCAAACCAGCGAGCAUUCAUCUACUUUCCCCGCCGCCUACACAUAAGGCGGGGAAAGCCCCGGCGGGGGUUUAACCUGCAUCUUUAGAUUUGCAAUCUAACAUGUUAUACACCACAAGGCUUUAAAACUGAUUGAUAGGAAAAGGACUCAAACCUUUGUUCAUGGAGCUACAAUCCACCGCCUAACCCUCGGCCAUCCUACCUGUGACGAUCACGCGCUGAUUUUUCUCAACCAACCAUAAAGACAUUGGCACCCUUUAUCUAGUAUUUGGUGCCUGAGCCGGAAUAGUCGGCACAGCCCUUAGCUUGUUAAUCCGGGCGGAACUAGCACAACCCGGAGCCCUUUUAGGAGACGACCAGAUUUAUAAUGUUAUUGUUACUGCACAUGCCUUCGUAAUAAUCUUCUUUAUAGUAAUACCAAUUAUGAUUGGUGGCUUCGGAAACUGACUAGUGCCACUAAUGCUAGGGGCUCCUGAUAUAGCAUUCCCACGAAUAAAUAACAUAAGCUUCUGACUACUUCCCCCAUCAUUCCUAUUGCUACUCGCCUCAUCAGGUGUUGAAGCAGGGGCUGGGACAGGGUGAACAGUAUAUCCACCCCUUGCAGGAAACCUCGCACAUGCAGGAGCUUCCGUAGAUUUAACUAUUUUUUCCCUACAUCUAGCAGGUGUCUCAUCAAUUCUUGCAUCUAUUAAUUUCAUUACAACUAUUAUUAAUAUGAAACCCCCAGCUAUUUCACAAUAUCAAACACCUUUAUUUGUCUGAUCAGUAAUGAUUACAGCAGUACUCCUACUGCUCUCCCUCCCCGUACUAGCAGCAGGAAUUACCAUGCUAUUAACGGACCGAAAUCUAAAUACUACAUUCUUUGACCCUGCCGGGGGAGGAGACCCAAUCCUCUACCAACAUCUCUUCUGAUUCUUCGGACAUCCAGAAGUAUAUAUUCUAAUUCUACCAGGUUUCGGAAUAAUUUCCCAUAUUGUAGCCUACUACUCGGGCAAAAAAGAACCAUUCGGCUAUAUAGGAAUGGUUUGAGCAAUAAUAGCAAUCGGCCUUCUAGGGUUCAUUGUAUGAGCCCAUCACAUAUUUACAGUAGGAAUAGAUGUAGACACCCGAGCAUAUUUUACGUCUGCAACAAUAAUCAUUGCAAUUCCAACAGGUGUAAAAGUAUUUAGCUGAUUAGCCACACUACAUGGAGGAUCUAUUAAAUGAGAGACUCCAAUACUUUGGGCCCUAGGAUUCAUCUUCCUAUUCACCGUAGGUGGACUUACCGGAAUCAUAUUAGCCAAUUCGUCCCUAGAUAUCAUAUUACAUGAUACCUACUACGUAGUAGCCCACUUCCACUAUGUACUAUCAAUAGGAGCUGUCUUUGCCAUUAUGGGAGCCUUCGUACACUGAUUCCCCCUAUUUACAGGAUACACAAUACAUGAUACAUGAACAAAAAUCCACUUCGGAACAAUAUUUGUGGGAGUAAACUUAACAUUCUUCCCACAACACUUCCUAGGCCUAGCCGGAAUACCACGACGAUACUCAGACUAUCCAGAUGCCUAUUCACUAUGAAACAUCAUUUCUUCUAUUGGAUCAAUGGUAUCUAUAGUAGCAGUUGUAAUAUUCCUAUUUAUUUUAUGAGAAGCAUUUGCCGCAAAACGAGAAGUUCUAUCUGUUGAACUAACUGCCACAAACGCAGAGUGACUCCACGGAUGUCCACCACCAUACCACACAUUUGAAGAACCUGCUUUUGUACAAGUACAAACUAACUAACGAGAAAGGAAGGAAUCGAACCCCCGUAAACUAGUUUCAAGCCAGUCACAUAUCCACUCUGUCACUUUCUUUAAUAA